CCUAACAAAAACGCAACCUGCUGAACCAAAGGCGAAUAAAAUAUGAAAGUGUUACCAUCCCUAUUGGUGGGUGUAUUUGUUGUAACCAUCACUACCAGAUUUUCGGGUAACGCUCAACCCGCAACAUCCCCCACAGGAACGUUAGGAUCUAAUACACCGGUUACAGCCCCAACAGCCCCAACAACACCAUCUGUCACCGCCCCAGCAACAGCUUCUUCACCAACAAGUCCUAGUAGCAAUAAUGCUGCUGCGAGAAGGAGAAGACGAAGAAGACAAGCUGCUAGAAGAAGACGUGUGGCAAGAAGAAGGCAGCGUCAAGCCCUCCGACGUGCGCGUAGAAGAAGACAACGAAGGAGGCAAAGACGUCAACGCAGAAAUCAGAAUGGUUAGCUAUAACAAAAUUUCCUUCAACUCUAAUUACUUAUAUGAUG